AUGACUACAGCCGAUGUUCGCCCAACCAUCCUUGUCAUCCACGGGGCAUGGCAUCACCCGGACUUCUAUGCAACCUUCUGCAAGGCAUUUGAAGACUUGGGCUAUGAGACAAUUUGUCCUCGUCUUCCGACCUGCAACGAUGAUAUACCUCCGACAAAGAAAUUGGCAGAUGACGUGUCACUCAUCCGACAGACCGCACAAUCGCUCCUCGACAGCGGAAAGGCCAUCAUUGCGGUGAUGCACUCCUACGGAGGAGUCGUCGGCACAGAUGCCUUGCACGGACUGGCAAUCAAGCAACUGAUCUACAUGACAGCCUUUGUGCCUUCGACUGGGAACAGCCUAGCUGGCAUGUUUGGGGGGCACCUCCCUCCUUUUAUCACAGUUGAUGAGGAGAGAGAUCUACUAACUGUUCCUGAUCCGGUGACUUGGUUUUUCAAUGACCUUCCUCCUGCGCAUGCCGCUGCCUGGGCAAACAAGCUCGUAGUUCAUCCGAAAUCUGCUCAAUUCGACCCGGUCACGCAUGAGGCAUACCGGACCAUUCCCACUGCAUAUAUUUUGUGCGACAAAGAUGAGGGUCUUAUCCCAAAGGUACAAGAAAUGAUGAUCGAUAACGUGCGGAAGGCAGGAGUCAAUGUCCACGUGGAGAGACUCCCAGCAAGUCACAGUCCUUUCUUGAGCAUGCCUGAACAGACUGCCAAGUUGGUGCUAAAGAUCGCUAAAAAGGGACUUUGA